CCAAGGGUUUCCGCCGCCGCAGCCAUGCGCGCCGAGCGAGAGGCGAACCCCUCCGUCCUCGCCGCCGUCGAGUCCCUCCAGACCUACUCCACCGCCCUCUCCGAUUUCACCUCCGCAUGGAGCUCCCUCUACUCGGACGCCACCGCCCUCGACUCCGCCCUCGCCUCCCGCCUCCAAGGCUACUCCCAGCUCGAGCUGCUCUGCUCCGGGAUGGACGGGCCGGGCCUCCGCGCGUACCUCCUCGAGCACAGGGAGGAGCUCAAGGACCCCGCCGGCGCCCUCGACCCCGCCCUGCUGGUGGCCCCCGACCCGGGUCUCCUGGUGCUCGCCGCGGCCGCGGGGUUCUGCCGCGCGCCGCCGGGCGAGGGCGAGGCGAGCGGGGACGCCAAGGUGUCCUGCCGCCUGCUCAUCGACCUCCUCGACCGCAUUCGCGCGCUCGGCGUCAAGCCGUCGCCGGAGGCGCGCCAGGAGGCCAGGGCCGUCGCGGCCGACUGGAAGCGGAGCAAGCGGAUCGAGGCGCAGGUGGUGUUUAAGAACGAGACCAUCGCCUUUCUGCUUCUCGUCGGGGUCUUUGGCUUGGUGCCGGAUGUUGGCGGCACUGCCCAGGUGCUCGAUUUGGUCGUAUCCAUCUCCAGCCGGGAGCGCGCAGUCGAGAUCUUCCUCGGCCUCGGUCUCGACCUCGACAAGCAAAUGCCAAUUCUCAUUCGGUCAAUGAUAAGUAAAGGCAAACAGCUAGACGCGGUCAAAUUUAUCCAAGCUCUUAACUUAGUGCACAAGUAUCCUUUAUUGCCUAUUUUGAGGUCAUACAUGAAUGAUGCGAAAAAUGCUGGGAGCUUGAUCCGCAUCAGAGGGGGUGGUUCCUCUUCUCAGGAUGCAGGUGAUGCAAAAGAGCGUACAUUGCUGGGAGCAUUGCAGAAGUUCAUUAAAGAACAGAAAUUAGAAGAACUGCCUAUUUUGGAAGAAGCUAACAACCGAAUGACACAGUUGGAUCAGCAAAGUGCAGAGAGAAAGCGAGCAGCCAGCAUUGCUGCUGCAGCUGCAGCUGCUCAGGAAGUUAGUAAGAAGCGAGCAGCCAACGCAGCUGCUGCAGCUGCUCAUGAAGUUAGUAAGAACAUUCUAGACUCCAACAAGAGACGAAAGCUUCCAGUGAAUGUUGCACAGGGUUCCUUAGGCCAGAGUACCCGUUCGGUGGACACAUUGAGUCAACAGCUCAUGUCAAGGCAGAGCAUACCUACAGUUGGAGUUCCAAAUCAGUACCAAGUUGCUUCAAGCCAUAACAUACUUGCAGGUAUCACUCAUAAUCCAUUGCUUCCUGCUGGGAACCAGCGGCCCGUUGGUAUCCAGAAUCAGGCCCUGGUUGCACCCUCUGUUCAGACCCAAUACAGUGGAGUGGCAGACUUCUAUAAUUUGGCUUCAAUCAGACCAAGUGGUUUGAAUGUUCCAAGUGCGACCACAUCAUCAAGGUCGAAGCUCUAUUCUGAAGAUCCCCUCGCAUCGGUUUCUCGAGCAUCAGAUAAGAAGGGUUCAUCUUACAGCUAUUCUUUGUCUAAUAUGUCAAAGUAUAAUCCAUAAAUAAUGCUGGCUGAUACCGGUGGACUAACAUGAAGCGUGGGUUUCUACCCAAGGCCUGUUUAGAUGCUAAAUAUAGUUGUUGAUAUCUAUCUAUACAUGCUUGGCUGCCAUCAUUUAUAUACAUGCCAAACAUCUAUUGGUGACCUCAGUGCCAGAGCUGCAGUUUUGGGGUGCACCUCCAGGACACUUGCGCCGUGGGUAAUUAAAGAUUUCCCCGUAAGAA